AUGGCGAAAAAGAACAAUAAGAAAGCUACCAAAAAGAAUGAGGUAGCGAAGAAGGAUACUGAUACGAAAAAACUGCAUACGGAAGUUGUAGAGGAAGGUGAAUCACAAGAAACAAGUAGAGAGGAAAGCAUAGCGGACGAGACAGUGAUCGAAGAUCCAAUAGUUUCUGAAGACAUUCCUAACUUAGAACCCACUACUGAACGGAAUAAUGAAGUAGGAACAGAUCAGGAACAAGAUAUAUCGGCAGUUGUAUCAGAAUCAAAUCCAACAGAUACUAUUGUUGAUUCUGAAGAAGGCCAACAAGCUUCAAUUGCAACCACUGAUACCAUUACUCCUAAAACGAAAAAAAGAUUAACAUUACUGGAGAGAUUGGCAUUAGCAGCAAAGGGAAAAAAACAGAGGUCAUCUACUCCUACACCGACGUCAUCGGCUGGUGGAACUCCACCAGCUACUGGUCCCGAUGAACCAAAGAAUGUAAUCAUAAAAGAGCAAAACGAUCCAUUAGCUGAGAAUAAAAAUACUAUAAAAGACGAAGAAAGGGCAGAAAGCCCUGGACGGGAAAGUAAACUCGCAUCAGACGACAAAUACCGGGACGAAGUUAAUCAACUAAAGGCCGAAUUAACGAAUUUGAAAGCAAAUAAUGCUGAGUUAUUUGAAGAAAAUAAACGAUUGAAGUCACAAUCGUCUAAACCUGGAAAUAUUAAUAAAGAGACAUUCCAAUUGAAAGAACAGUUGGCAUCUAAAGAUGAAACAAUUGAACAAUUAAUGAAAGAAGGCCAAGCAUUAUCCGUAAAGGAAUUAAAGCUAAACGAAAGCAUUAAAAAGUUAAAAGCAUCAAAUAAUGAUUUAGAACACUCAUUGAAUGAUUAUUCCAAAAAGAACGAGCAAGUAUUACUUAAAUGGAAUGAGCAAGAAGACUUCCUAAAAAAGCAUAAAUUCAAGUCCAUUAAUCAAUUGAUUGACGAUUACAAUGACAUUUCUAAAAAACUAUCUCAGUCUAAUGAUGAUAUAGAGAAAGAAAAACAACUAGAUUGGGAGGGUAAAUGUAAGGAACAACAAAGGCUUUACGAAAACGAGUCCACUGAAAGAAAACAAUCUAUAAAAAAAUUGAAUGAACUCAAAAUUCAAUUUGACAUGUCAAAGAAGCAAAAUUCACUUGAAUUAGAAUCUAAAAAUACCACUAUUAAUGACUUGAAAAGAAAGAUAAGCAGUAUAAGGGAUGAGAAUUCAAAGGAGAUUUAUCGCCUAGAAAACAAAAUUGAGUCUUUGAGAGUCGAAAAUGAGCGUUCUGUUGGUAGUUUGAGCGGCAAUAAAGAUUACAACAAUGGUGGUGAAAAAAGUGAGACCGAUGACACCCCUAAUUCUAAACAAAUAGACUAUGAAGAAUUUGUUAAAUUGUCAAAUAACCAUCAUAAUUUGCAACAACAAUAUUUAUCUUCGCAAGAAAAUUGGAAAUUAAUCGAAUCAAAUCUAUUGAAUAAGGUAGAUGUAUUGACUUCAUCUGUGGAUUCUUUGAAAAAGUCCAAAAUAAAGUCAAUAAAUGAAAUUCAAAAGCUUCAAAAUAGUUUACAAAGAAAGAUGGAAGAAUGUGAUCAAUUGAUAGAGAAAUUUGACGAAUUGACAAAUGAAAAAGAAGAAAUUGUUUUCCAAAACCAAGUUAAAGAUAAUGAUUGUCAAGAAUUACAAGAGAAAUUUGAUAAAUUUCAGCAAAUUUACAAUACUGAACGCCAAAACCUUAAUUCUAAAAUUAAACAAUUGACAGAGUCAUUAGAAAAAUCAAAGAGUAGCACUAGUUUGGGACCAUUUGAACAAACUUCCCCAAACAGGCAAAAUUUAAACGGUUUGCAUCUUAAUCUUGAGCCUCCUAAAUUUAUGAAACACCAUUCAUCAACUAGUAUUAAUGACGCAUCGUACAAUAAUUCUGGAUGGCCGGAUAUAAAAUUUGGUGAAUCCUCAACCACACCAGCUGUUUCGAGAGAAUACUCCGCGGUAUUUAUGAACCAUUCGCAUAAUAAUUCUCUGGCUUCGUUAAUGGAUAAUGUUGAUACGGCAACUGAGCUAGCCAAUGAUAACUACUCCUUCAAUUCCAAAUACCCAAGUCAUAUGGGUAAUGGUAGCAUAUCGGGUGUCAUUCCAACAUCUGGCAAUAAUAAUAUUCAGUUGAUAAACAAAAUGAGUUCAAAUAUAAGGAGAUUGGAAAUUGAAUUAAGUACUAUGAAGGAUGAAAAUACUCAGUUGUCUUUGGAUAAAGAAAAAGCUCAACAGGAAAUAUUAAAGCAAUUUAAAUUAAUCGAAGAAGUCAAUAGUCUCAAGGAACAAAUAACUACAUUGCAAACUGAAAUAGAUCAGAAGUCGAAGCAAGAAGAAACAAUGUUAGAAUUAAUCGGGGAAAAAUCCGAGCAAGUUGAAGAAUUAAGAGCUGACGUUCAAGAUUUGAAAGAUCUAUGCAAAUCGCAAGUCCAACAAAUGAUUGAGAUUCAAGAAUCAAAGUAA